UCGACCGCUGCGGCGCCUCGGAGCAGCCGGCGGCGGCGGGGGUCCUUUCCCGGCGCGGUCGCAGUGGCGCCCCCCGCCCGCCAUGUACUACAAGUUCAGCGGCUUCGCGCAGCGCCUCGUCGGGGCCACGGCGGCCGCCGCCUACAGCCCGCAGGGACUCAAACCAAUAGUUUCCACUGAAUCCCCAGCUCCGAUUUCUGGGACAACAAGUAAACUUGCUUCAGAUUUUCCAGCAACUGAUUCUUACUUGGCUAAAAACAAGGUACCAGACCUACAGAAAAUUUUUCAGAGAGCAGACGGACUGCCAGUACACCUGAAACGAGGAGUGCCAGACAGGCUGCUUUAUCGGACCACAAUGGCUCUAACAAUAGGCGGGACUAUCUAUUGUCUGGUAGCUCUGUACAUGGCCUCACAACCAAGACAACAAAAAUAAAUGAACCACAACUCAUGGGACUCACAACACCUCUCUGAAGGACCUCCUGCACGCAUCUCUUUGCACUUGAUUCUGUGGUCACAUAGGGUUCAUUAUUCAGAUUAAAUUUCUUGGAGAAAAUGGUUUUAAAUUUGUUGCCUUAUGUAUUCUAAAAAACUAUAAAUGGUCAAAUACAUAAUUUUAACAUAUGGUUGUAGUUUUUGUUGUCAUGCAGGAAUGUAUAAAGAACUGGAGAAAGUUAAGCUUUUCCUUCCUUCCCUCCCCCCAGCUUAAACAGUGUUAGAGAGAGGACAGGACAAAUACUUGUGGGCUAUGAACCACAUUCCUUAGUGGAAGGAUGCUGCUAGUUUCGAAAACACUAAAAGCAAAUAAUUUAAUUAUGAAAGCAUACUGUACUGGGAACUUUUUCUGUCAUAUACAGCUCAUUUUACAAAAGCAGUUGGCAGUGUAACUUUUCCAAAUGCUGGUAUAUUAUUAAAUAUUUGUACCUCUGGUGGUAGGAUAAAGGAGCAUUUAAAGUGGAUUUAUUCCAUAACUUCAGCAUCAGUGUAUGCAGCAGAGUGCACCAGUAUGGUAGCAUCAGUUAUACUGGGUUUUGGAACUUUCAUUUGUCAAAUUAUAUUAUUGUGCAAUAAAGAUAAACUACAUGAAUACUAAA